AUGGCCAUCCUUCUUCAUGAAAUGCGAUCUCGGUCAUCGAAGUUCGCCACCAAUCCGAAAACAUCUAGUGUAGAAAAGGAAUCUGAGCAUGAUAGUGACUCUAAGAAUUCCACUGAUGUUAAUGCUUCUUUACCAUCUUUUGUGCAUGUUGCUCCAUUCCCACAAAGGUUGGUGCAGCAAAAAGGGAGUAACCAGUACAAUGAGAUGCUGGAAAUGUUUAAGCGAGUCAAUAUAAAUAUUCCUUUUCUCGAAGCAAUCAAACAGAUACCUGCUUAUGCUAAAUUCUUGAAAGAUCUAUGCAAACGAAAACGGAAACAUCAUGUGCAUAAACGUGCCUUUCUUACUGAGCAGGUGAGUUCAAUUAUUCAAAACAAGACUCCACCUAAGUUUAAAUACCCAGGUAGUCCAACUAUCACAUGCACUAUAGGUGACCAUACAAUCGAUAGGGAUUUGUUAGACUUAGGUGCUAGUGUGAACUUAUUGCCAUACUCUGUAUAUGUGCAAUUAGGUCUUGGGGAGCUGAAACCCACCCCUUUUACGCUGGAAUUAGUGGACAGAUAUGUUAAAAUCCCUCGUGGUAUUGUUGAAGAUGUGUUAAUCAAGGUUUAUAAGUUUUAUUUCCUUGUGGACUUCAUUGUUCAAGACACUCAACUUGUGCAAAACCCAGACUGUCACAUUCCUGUAAUUUUAGGACGUCCUUUUCUGGCGACGUCCAAUGCUAUCAUAAAUUGUCGAAAUGGAGUGUUGAACACAACAUUUGGAAACAUGACUGUGGAAUUAAAUGUUUUUCAGGUUAGCCAACAACCUACGGAUUUUGAUGAUAAUGAAUUGCAUGAGGUUAAUAUGAUUGAGAGUCUGAUCCAAGACUCAUUGCCUGACAUCUUAUCUAUGGAUCAUUUGCAAGCAUGUUUAGACAAUUUUGACCUAGAUAUUUUUGAUUCUUAA